GACACAGGACGGUCAUGAAGAUAACCUGAAGUUUGGUGCCAAAGCCGGUACCUGUGGGGAGUCAUGACAGACUUUUGGCUGAUUUCUGUCCCACUGGACAAAACCAGUUUGAUCAAUGUAGAGAAACUCAAGCGCACCAUUGCCAAAACCAACCUGGCCUCCUCCUGCAGCAAGUUCUCCAUUCCAGAUCUCAAGGUGGGAACACUGGACAGUCUGCUCAGCAUGUCAGACGAUCUCUCCAAACUCGACACACUGGCUGAAAGUGUGAUCAAAAAAACAUGCCAGUGUAUGAAGGAGGUGAUGGAGCAGUCCAGUGACAAAGUGUUGGAAAAUGCUUUGGCCAAUGGAGUCUACAGCAAGAAUCAGAGAACCACCCUGUCACCACUGAAAGCUUACCUCGAGGCUCUGAGGGUGGACUUGAUGAACUUCAUGACCAAGUUUCAAUGGGACAAAGCAAAAUAUCCCACCUCUCUUCCUCUCUCCAGUCUGGCAGAUAUCAUUAACAAGGAAGUUUCGCAGGUGGAGGCAGAGUUAAAAUCUCGUGCUGCGGCGUACAAGAAUGUGAAAGCAAGCUUGGAAAACCUUAAGCACAAACUAGAUGGCAGUUUACAGACUUGCAGUCUGAAUGAUGUUGUGAGGAAAGAAGACCUGGUGGUCUCAGAGUACCUCACCACUCUGCUGGUAGUGGUGGCCCGAGGGAGCUACCUGCAGUGGGAGAGGACCUAUGAGUCCUUGUCAGAAUUUGUUGUCCCUCGGUCGAGCAGGAAGCUGUAUGAGAACGGAGAGGAGGGAGUCUUCUCAGUGACACUUUUCAAAAGAGCUGUUUGUGAAUUCAGAGCCAAAGCCCAGGAGAGCAAGUUCUUCGUGCGCAAUUACAGCUUUGAUCUGGAGGAGCGGAAGCAACAGGAGAUUGCGCAACUUAGUUUUCACAAAAAGGAGCAAUAUGGAAUCUUUGUACGCUGGCUGAAGGUGAAUUUCAGUGAAGUGUUUGUUGCCUGGAUUCACUUGAAAGCAUUGCGGGUGUUUGUGGAAUCAGUCCUGAGGUAUGGAUUGCCUGUGAAUUAUCAGGCUCUUCUAAUGCAGACUGACAGGAAGCACUCGAAGAAACUGAAAAAAGAACUCGCUUCACUAUUUGUGCAUCUGGACCCCACCGCCAGCAUAACUGAUGUGAGCUGUGACAUCCCAGGACUCUGUCAGCAGGAGUACUUCUCCUACAUCUGCUUUCAUAUCAGCACCAACGUGUUGGACAUCAGCUAG